AUGGCGAAGCCCCCGGCGGCGGCGGCGGCGGCGGCGUCGGAGGAGCUGAGCCAGGUGCCGGACGAGGAGCUGCUGCGCUGGAGCAAGGAGGAGCUGGCGCGGCGGCUGCGGCGCGCCGAGGGCGAGAAGGUGGGCCUCAUGCUGGAACACGGCGGCCUGAUGCGGGACGUGAACCGGCGGCUGCAGCAGCACCUGCUGGAGAUCCGCGGCCUCAAGGACGUGAACCGGCGGCUGCAGGACGACAACCAGGAGCUGCGCGAGCUCUGCUGCUUCCUCGACGACGACCGGCAGAAGGGACGCAAGCUGGCGCGCGAGUGGCAGCGCUUCGGGCGCCACGCGGCCGGCGCCGUGUGGCACGAGGUGGCCCGCUCGCAGCAGAAGCUGCGCGAGCUCGAGGCGCGCCAGGAGGCCCUGCUGCGCGAGAACCUGGAGCUCAAGGAGCUGGUGCUGCUGCUGGACGAGGAGCGCGCGGCGUUGGCGGCGGCGGGGGGCGCGGGCGGCAGCGGCAGCGGCGGCGCGGGCUCCCGCAGCUCCAUCGACAGCCAGGCCAGCCUGAGCGGGCCGCUGGCGGGCGGCGCGGCGGGCGCGGGGACCCGCGACGUGGGCGACGGGAGCAGCACCUCCAGUGCUGGCAGCGGCGGCAGCCCGGACCACCACCACCACCACCACCACGUCCCACCCGCGCUGCUGCCUCCCGGGCCGCACAAGGCGCCCGACGGCAAGGCCGGAGUCACGCGCCGGUCCCUGGACGAUCUCUCGGCGCCGCCGCAUCACCGCAGCAUCCCCAAUGGCUUGCACGAUCCGUCGUCCACCUACGUCAGGCAGCUGGAGUCCAAGGUGAAGCUGCUGGAGGGUGACAAGCUCCCGGCACAGGCGGGCCCCGGAGAGUUCCGGACUCUGCGGAAAGGCUUCUCCCCCUACCACUCGGAGUCCCAGCUCGCCGCCCUGCCGCCGCCCUACCAGGACGCCCUGCCGAACGGCCCGGCCUGCCCUGUGCCUGAGCUGCCCUCGCCUGCCUCUUCCGGCUACAGCUCUGCCGGACAGAAGCCCGAGGCUGUUGUGCAUGCGAUGAAGGUCCUGGAGGUGCACGAGAACCUGGACCGGCAGCUCCAGGACAGCUGCGAGGAGGACCUGAGCGAGAAGGAGAAGGCCAUCGUCCGCGAGAUGUGCAACGUGGUCUGGAGGAAGCUGGGAGACGCCGCCAGCUCCAAGCCCUCCAUCCGGCAGCACCUGUCUGGCAACCAGUUCAAGGGGCCCUUGUAGGGCCGCUCCUCCCCGGCCAUGGACUGGCACACCUGGAGCCCAGACGCCGUCUUCCUGCCUGGGGGCGCACUGUACAUAGCACGCGGCGUGCCCGGCCUGGCCAGGCCUCCAUCUCCCGCCUCACUCACCAGCAAAUCCCAAGACGAGAAGCUGCCGACCUGUCCGUCUCUGGGCCCCAGCCGCGGCCACGUUAGCGAGAGGCCCGAGGCUGCUGCUGCUGCUGCUGAUGCCAGGCCCACGGCGGCCCCUGGCUCCUGGGCCCCGCCCUCCACAGGGGUCCUCACGAAGCCUCCACCCUGCUGCCCGCUGCCCACACAGAGACCGGCGCCACUGGAGCCUGGGUUCUGGCACGAGUGGCACCCCCUCCGCCAAGCCUUUCCCUGCCCUGGCUCCCUGAGCACUGGGCUCCCUACGUCUUGGACAAGGAAACUCACCAAGUCCCUGGCUGGCCACAGGCUGCUCUGGGGUUCCAGGCCCUUUCUCUGACCCCCCGCUGUGCCCAGCUGCCCUGCUGCUCACCCUCUGCCCCCCCAAGACAGCCGCCCUCUCUGUAACGUCCCGUGCUCUGUGCCCAGGGCUCGUCCCUCGCUGUGGUUUACAUGAUGGGCUGGGGGCACGGGGUGGUCCCAUGCAGUCUGAGCCGAGCCACCGUUGUUUUCUCUGGACAGUAGCACUGGGCCACGGCUGGGCCCGUGGUCAGCUGUGGCCUCCCCCAGGGACCUGGCCACACCCUGGGUCACUGUGAACAGAGCCGUGGGGGUGCCGGUUCUGGCUUUAAUUUGCUGAGUGACCUUCAGCAAGUCACUCAGCGUCUCUGGGCCCCUGAGGUGUCCAUGGUUUCCUUCAGCCCUGCUCGAGGUUCGAGCCCACACAGGUCUAGUGGGCUGAGUCGUGUUCACAGCCAUGGAGCUGAUGGAGAGGCUGCUGGGGUGGGCUGGGCCCUAGCUGUGCCCUGCCGCCUGGCAGGCUCGUCAUGGGUGCCGUCACCUCCCUUCUGAGCCUCAGGGCUGUCGGCCACCGCCGAGGCGGCUCCGUGGGUCAGCUGUGAAGGGAAAGCAGGAACUGACACAUGAGGACACGUGAGGACGAGGCCCAGAGCGGGUGGUCGUGUGGGCGGUGAGAACGCUCCUGGGUCCUGGAGCCCUAGGACAGGACGGACCACCUCGCGCACACCGCUUCACCAGCCUUCCUCACUCUUCCACGGUACCGAGCGAGGUGCCCAGGGGCCGUGUGUGGCCGGCAGGUCCCAUCUGGGCCCUUGAGAGGCCUGGGGACCAAGGCACGGGGGUUGUUCCCACUGUGUGUGCCUGCGGCACCCUUGGGUCCUAACUCAGGGGAAAGGCUCACGGCCCAGGGCGUGCUGAGUGGGCGCUGAACAGGGGACAGGCCGUGUGCAGUUCCAGGGAGCCCUCUGAGCUUUUUCUGGAAGGAGCUUCCGUCACCAGGGCUGUGCUCUUGAAGCUGGGUGAACACCUGCUGGUCAUGGCACUGGGCGAUUCCUGCCCAGGUGGGCAGCUGGGCUGGGAGCACCAGAGGCACCUUCUGGGUCCUGGAGUCCAAAGAGCCACAGAGCAGCCCCGGAGUGGGUGGACUGCAGCUGCCGCGAGCAGAGUCGGGAGUGUGUUGUGUGCGCAUCAGGUAGCUGGGCCACCACUGAAAUAAGCAAUAAGUAGAUUCCUGGGAUCGGUCAGUCCCCUGCAGAUGGGCCUUGAAGUGACCUUCCCUUCCAGAGGGGAGUGACCCUGUCCCUAAAGCUGUGUGGUGUCCAGGGACCCGCGGAGCACAUCCUGAGAGCCCUCCUGCCCCUUCCUGCCCCCCUGGCAGCCCCUGGCUUGCUAGGGUGGGACUGCCCGUGGGACGCAUCUCAAAUGGAGCCACGACCGUGCGCCUGGGUACAGCUGGUGGCCGUAGAGCCAGCGGCUGGGGCCUCAGGUGGCCAUUUGGCCGCAGCUCAGGGUGACGCCCAGCUCUGCAAUUAGCAGGGCAACACGGGGCCAGCCCCUCCCUCUGGAGCCUGCCCCUCCCUCUGGAGCCUCAGCUCUGAGCCCCUCGUUGGGCUAGGGUGCUGAGAGCCCCACCGUGAAGGCGGCCACUGGGCCUGCCCCGCUCGGGGGCCUGCCACCCUGAAGUCAGAAUCUGCUGAGCAGCUUUUAGGCGGGUGCGUUUCUACCCACCAGUUAUGCUACACACCGAUGUUUAAAGAGAAAAAAGUGACCUUUCAUUUUUUUUUCUUGAGACUGGAGAGUGAGCAGACUGCACACUACUGAUUUUCUAGAGCAGGCUGCACGCUGCGGAGCGGCACAGGCGUCUGUUCACGCCGUGCGGCCGCAGCUCUGGCUUGAGGCGGUGCCCGCGGCGAGACCCAGAGCCGCCUGCCCGCAGCCAGAGCCGCAGGUGCCCGGCCCGUUUCUACCUUCUGUUGAACCACUUUGAUUUGGGGAGAGAAAAUAGAGCUUUUUGAUAGUGUGGUAAACACGAUGAUUUUAACUAUUUUAGUAAAAGGAGUAACAGAU